AUGGCCGUCACACGGAAGGAUAUUACCAGUACGACGGCAAUAAUACUGGCGGAUAGGCGAGAGGACAUUGACAUCACAUCCAACUGUCCUCAACGCCCUUACAUAUCGCUCUGCCUUCCACACGACGUCAAGGCGGUACAAAGCGUCACCUUCACGAUCGAAGCCCACGACCAAGGGUUUUGCUCCGACAAAUCCAGGGGCCCCUGGUCCUGUCGCAAGUCAAAGGAGAUCAGGCUUUUACACCUCCACUCGGGACAGCAAACCGCCCCCCUAUUCUGCCACCUGGAGACGGUGGCUCUUGAUGACGCUGGUCUCCCGGCUUUCGAAGCACUAUCCUAUUGCUGGGGAUCUGCAACAAAGGUCACGCCAUUGAACGUACUGGGUGACGAAAAUAAUCAGAUGUGCACCAUGGGCAUCACAGCCAAUCUUGAAGUGGCUCUGAGACGCCUCCGCCGGCCAGAAGGUAUGCCCUCUCGUCCAGUGUGGAUCGAUGCGGUAUGCAUAAACCAGCACGACCUGGAUGAGCGCAGCUCGCAGGUGUCGCUUAUGGGCACCAUUUUCGCGACGGCAUCCUCGGUUGUGAUAUGGCUCGGCGACCCGGACCAGCGAGCCCUUGAAGCGACGGGGAACUUACGCACCGAAUUCAGGCGCAGACCGAAAGAUGAGUGGGACCAAAUGAAUCCGGACUACGCCAUCCACUUAUCGCGCUUCUUUAGCUUUCCUUGGUUCGGCCGGGUCUGGGUGGUGCAAGAGAGGUGGCUUGCCAGAAAGGCGACGGUGCACUGCGGCAAGGAUACGGUGUCCUGGGACUCGAUCCUGAUGGCAAGCGAAUGGAUGCGAGGAGGUGGUGGUCCCGGCACCGCUUUAAGAACGCUCCCUUCGCUGUGGACGACAAUCGAAGACGGUCAGGACAGAAUCCCACCCCUCUCGCCGAUUUUGUCAGCAGAGAUGCCAGCGCAGGACAAACCUGUAAAGAACAAGCGCCGAGUCAAGAUGCUCACCCUUGUGCUCGGCAGUCUUGAGCUCCGCGCCUCUGAUUCAAGGGACAAGAUCUUCGCCAUGCUGGGGCUCGGCGAAGAAACAAGCACACAGGACGGUAUUCCGCUGCUUUUACGGCCAAAUUACAAAAAGCCCGUCUCUCAAGUCUAUGCCGACUUCACCCGGUGGUGGAUCCAGACCUACAAGAAGCUCAGCGUCUUGUCGGCCGUUCAUGCCGCCAGAGACAGGGCGUGGCAGGACAUGGAAAUUCAUCAAUGGGAGGCUCCAGAGUCUGCUUCUUCCAGGUAUCAGCAUCUUCAAAGUUGUUUCGAGACAGAUGUCCCUUCAUGGACCGUACCCGAUGGCGGCAACUCUUUCUGGGCGGCUCAGGCACUCGGUUUGCAACCGAACCUGUUUCACGCGACAGGCGAAACUGUGGUAAACUUGCACACCUGUCGCUCGGAGAAUCACAACGGGAGGUUCCUGGUCCUGGAGGGUGAGCGCGUUGGCAAAAUUGCGGAAAUAGGGCCAUUCGAAAUCCGCAGGACUGAGGUUUUGCGGUGGACCGCAACAACCCGCUUAUUCGAAAAGCUGACGGACCAGGAGCUGGACGAUACUGGUACGAGCCGGAGGGAUAUGACUGCCGCCACCUUCAUUCACCUUUUCGAUCCGACUGGGAGUCUCGGGGUCUGGAAUCACGGUUCCACCAUCCAAGCGAACGCUGCCAGGUUUCCGUCCAAAGAUAUGCCGCGCGCUUUUGAAGCUCACCUUGUGGACCACGGAUAUUCGAAAACAGGCUAUAGUCGUGGAGGCAGUUGUUGUAGACGCCUCAACGAAAUAACUACCUUCCCUUGCAUUUCGGAUUGCUAUUUCAAACUAGAGGUACCCAGGCCUAACGUCCCGAUCGCCAACGCUGCUGCCGACUGCCGCCGAGUGAACUCCGCAAGAGCAAAAGACAGUAUCAAGGACGAACUUGAGGGUCACCAAGGGAUACCUCAGGACGAUUCUGGAGACGAUCGCGGAUCAUGCUCUCCUUUCCUCCCCUGA